AUGCAAUUGCGGGAAUGCGUUGGCAGCGAGCUGCCCGUGGGCGAGGAGUUCCAAUUGCUGCAAUUGCAGAGCAACCCAGCGGAGGUCCCAGCACUUUUCACGGCGCGGAGAUCAGCGGGUCGCAACAAAACGACAGUCAAGACACAACACUUCUUCGCGCUAUGCCACGCAGAGAGAGUCGUGUUCGCCCUCGAGGUGUACUGCUACGUAACCCUUGGUGGGAGGGACGGACGCCCAGAACGCCUGCUUUUCGUCUCAAAGGCUGACACUAACGGGUACGCGCAGUGCCGGUUCAGUGCGGGCGGCGUCACGCGCGCUUUACUCCGAUACGUGCUCGCCAUCAACCCCGAGUACUACCUCCAAAGAGUGAAACCCUUGAAGAGGAAGUUCUCCGGCACCGACAAACGUAAACUUGUCGUCGGUGCCGUGUCCACGGGCAAUGCACUCAAAAUCCUUGCAGACAGGAUCGAGGCACUAACUACUCCGGAAACUACAGACAGGGACAGGUUCUACACUACAAGUGCCCUAGACAACCCACAGGAAUGCGUCACUAAAUUAUGCCUCUUCACAAGACCAGCGGACCACUACCUUUUUAAUGGGUCCGCACAGAACAGCGGCAAACACAGAAUGAACGGACAGCAGCUUUUGGACUGGUGGCUGCACAUCUUGGAUAACAUCCUAUGCGAGCAGUUUGAGCAGAGUACGACACACGCGUGUCUGAGAGUCCCCGGGGAGGAACCAGUGCGCAUCCGCAGACACCUAAGGGACUGCCAGUUUGCAAACUGGACCGUGGGGGACAUCUUCGGCGGCAGUGGGGACUCACCCGCAGUAUACCAUGUGCCCUUGUUCCCUGACGACCCAAAAUCACGGUUCCUACACCAACUGGAGUCCGAGAACAGACUGACAAACACAACACUGACCAAUUUCUGGACAGAGCUACAGGAGAGACAGGAGUUCAAGCUGAGCGUGCUUGUCUCUGUGGUCGGUAUCUCUGGAUCCACAAAGGAUGCACCACACCAUAGACCUUGCCAGGGGGAGGACGUCAUCGUGGCCGAUUCCGCAAAGACGUUUAACUACAUCAAAAAUUAUAUCACCGCAGAGGACUACGACACAGAGGAGGGUGCCCUUGAAGCGUUUGCGAACAUCCAGGACUGCCUCUCCUAUCGCAUGAAUUCUGCGAUGGUACCAAUACAGGGCCAGAAGGAUUACUCACAAAUUCGCACAGACAAGAAAAGUGUACCGAAAGAACCCACAGUCACUCUGCUCCAGCCGCGCACGAAAAUCAAAGUUAAUAAAUAG